CACUUUAGAAAUGGAGACUUGUUGUUUUGCUAAAAAUGUCAUUUUUGUUUGGGCUUUGGCUUUCAUCGCUUCAUCCCCUUUGGCUUGUGUUAAAGCAGCUGGAUGCACCAAAGAACAGACGAGAGCUCUCUUGGAGAUCAAGAACGCCACAAAUGCUUCUUUCCUUGCGGAUUGGGACGGAAGGAAUUGUUGUAAAGUGCAUGAAAUUGAAUGUGGAGGUAUUGCUGGAGGAGUUAGCGAAAUGUAUUUGCAUGGGAAGUACGCUUCAUCAAGAAGUACAUGGUAUCCAAAUGUAACCUUGUUCACCUUAUUUGAUGAACUCGAACGCUUAGCACUUCUUAGCAUGCGAAUUGGAGGAAGGCUUGAACCUUUUUGCGAACUGAAGCGAUUAAAUCAUCUAAUCUCUUUGGAUCUUCAGGAUAAUAGAUUGGAAGGCGUUAUUCCCUCUUGUCUUGGGAUGAUUGGAAACCUUGAAGGACUUUAUCUAUCAAAUAAUCGUCUUUAUGGUAAUCUACUUCCAUCAAUAUUCUCCAACCAAAGCAAGAUUGAGUAUUUCGAUGUUUCGGCCAAUCAAUUAGAUGGGGUUUUAUCAUUUUCUACUUUUGCCAAUGCUUCAAGUCUCCAAGAGCUUGAUCUUUGGAGUAAUCGCUUUCAUGGUAAUCUACCUCCAUCACUAUUCUCCAAACAAAGCAAGAUUGAGAGUUUUGAUGUUUCGGACAAUCAAUUAGAUGGGGUUUUAUCAUUUUCUACUUUUGCCAAUGCUUCAAGUCUCAUGUACCUUGGUCUUUCGAGUAAUCGCUUUCAUGGUAAUCUACCUCCAUCACUAUUCUCCAAUCAAAGCAAGAUUCAGUGGUUUUAUGUUUCGGACAAUCAAUUAGAUGGGGUUUUAUCAUUUUCUACUUUUGCCAAUGCUUCAAGUCUCCAAGCCCUUGAUCUUUCAAGCAACUGCAAUUUGGAAAUUGAAACAGAAUCUCCCACAUGGGUUCCAACCUUUCAGCUAAAUUACCUGAACUUGGCGAAUUGCAGCCUCAACAAGAAGAAUGGUCACGUUCUCCCAAGCUUUAUCACCACCCAAGUUGCCUUGCAAUUGCUAGACUUGUCUCACAACUUAAUAAAGGGAAGCAUACCUUGUCAGUUGCUAUUCAACACGAGUAUCAAAGCUUUAUCCUUGAGAAGUAACAAAAUUGAUGGUUUUCUUUUUCUUGGUUGCCAUGCUAAUCGAACUUCAUCACUUGUAUUCUUCGAUAUGUCAAAUAAUAAUGUCAAAGGUUCUCUUCCCGAAAAUAUUGGACAUCUUCUUCCACACUUAUACAGUGUUGACAUGUCCUCAAAUGCAUUACAGGGCAUCAUUCCUUGGUCUUUUGGUAAUCUAUCUUUUGAAGCAUUAGACCUUUCUAAUAACAAGCUCUCAGGGACAAUACCGCAAAGUUUGACUAGAAAUGGCACCCCACUGGUAUAUCUAAAUCUAUCAAACAAUACAUUGGAAGGAGAAAUGCUCCCAAGGGACGCCAACAUGAAAAGCUUGGAGUGCUUGCAACUCGGCGGCAAUCAAUUUCAAGGAAUGAUCUCACCCGCAAUAUCAAACAGCCCCUCUCUACUAAUCCUAGAUAUUCGAAACAAUAACUUGUCUGGUAAUAUUCCAAAGUGGUUGUAUGAUCAUCCUCGCUUGGUGCAAGUUCUUUUAAGUGGAAAUCGCUUUGAAGGUCACCUACUCCGAAGAAUGUGUCAAAUGGAAAGUUUGCAAGUUUUCGAUAUCUCUGAUAAUCAUAUUUCGGGAGGUAUUCCCUCCUGCCUUGAUAACAUUACAUUCUGGAAGAAGAGUUCUCCAAGCUCUAAUGGCUCAAACUCUUUCAUGGAAAAGGGUCCACUGUUUUCCCUGGCACAUCCAGCGCAACUAGAGCCUAAAUUCGAAAUUAAAACGGACUUGCGAGUAAAACAUGAGGUACAUGCUUACAAAGGUAUCCCACUCUCAAUGAUGACUAUAAUUGACAUGUCAUCAAACCAAUUGACAGGUAACAUUCCUUUUGAAAUGGGAGAAUUGUUGCAGCUUCGGUCCUUGAACUUGUCGAAUAAUUUUCUAACAGGCUCCAUUCCAAAUUCUUUUCAAAACUUGAAAAACAUGGAGAGCUUGGAUCUUUCCCACAACAAGUUGAGUGGGAGAAUCCCUUUUGAAUUUGUUGAAAUGACUUUUCUAUCAGUAUUUAGUGUUGCCUAUAACAAUCUUUCUGGAAGAGUCCCAUUUGAGCGGCAGUUCUCAACUUUCAAGUCGCAAUGCUAUGAUGGAAAUCCAGAUCUAUGUGGAGACCCUCUGCCGAGAAACUGCUCAACUCCAAACCAAAUUGAACCUGGACAUGAGGAAGAAAAGGAAGAGAGUAGAAUAAUCGAUAGCCCUUUAUUCUUCUAUGCAUUUGUUGUUGUCUCUUAUGCAUUUGGAUUUUGGGUUUUCUUUGGGAUCCUAAUCAUUAAAAAGAAUUGGAGGCAUAUCUAUUUUAGAGCUAUUGACAGAAUUAUUGAGUCAUGUUUUGAAAUGCUCAAUCGGUGAUU